AUGGUGCGCAUCAGCGUCCUGGGGGACGCGCUUAAGACCAUGUACAAUGCCGAGAAGCGUGGCAAGCGGCAGGUGCUUCUCCGGCCUGCUUCCAAGGUGGUCAUUAAAUUUCUUUCGCUGAUGAUGAAGCACGGGUACAUUGGCGAGUUUGAGUAUGUCGAUGACCACCGCGCGGGCAAGAUUGUGGUUGAGCUGAACGGCCGGCUCAACAAGUGCGGUGUUAUCUCGCCCCGCUAUGAUAUUGGGCACGCCGAGAUUGAGGCGUGGGUGGCCCGUCUGCUUCCCUCGCGUCAGUUCGGCGUUAUCGUCAUGACUACCUCGGCCGGCAUCAUGGACCACGAGGAGGCGCGUCGGAAGAGGGUUGGUGGCAAGGUGCUGGGCUUCUUUUAUUAA